UUUCUGGUUGGGCAGCAUUGGUGUCACAUUGGUAAUCUCAGGUGGCUCCGGAAGCCGGCCAGAGCAAGGCACAUUUGAAGAGGGUGCCUGGCUUGGGUAAAAUGGCUUCCCUUCACUAAAACAUUGUGCCUGAACUGAAGAAUCUGGGGCUCACUUCCACACAUGGGCAGAUAAUGAUAUCGUACCUCCCAGAGAUGAAGAAAUUUGGCUCAUAAAAAUUGUUUUGUCAAUAGGCCUCCUGUAAUUUCAGCUGUUUCUUUGGUUCUAAAGGGUGAAGUCUAUCAAUGCUGUGAACCAGGAUAAUAACACAAUUUGGUGGGACAAUGCUAAGCAGUGAAAAAGCCCACUUUUUGUCAGGAAGAAUUAGAUGAAGUAGAUCUGAAGGAAAUUUGGUUGACAUGGAACCCCCAAAACUCUCCAAAAAAUGCAAUAUUACAGAAUGCCAACACCCAAGUUUUCUUCACAAUUGGCCAGGUGGUUCCACUCUUCAUGAUAAUAAUGUUUCCCAAACUAGGAAUCCAUUCUGGAAUGAACUGUCUGCUUCUAACCCAUUUUUGGAUGAUAUAACUCAGCUAAGAAAUAACCAGAAGAGAGAUAAUGUCUCCAUCUUGAAGGAAGAUCCCUUUCUUUUUUUAAGAGAAAUAGAAACCGGAAAUUCUUUUGAUUCCUCUGGUGAUGAACUUGAUGUGCACAAGUUGCUCAGGCAUUCCUCCUCAAAGAAAUCAGGAAGAUCUAAAAGUGUUCCAGAACUUCUAGACAUUUUAGAUGAUGCUGUCUAUACUCAUGACAGUAUUCACAACUCUGACCAGAUCCUAGUAGAAGACUUAGAAUGGCUUCAAAAUGACAGAGAAGCUUAUAAAAUGGCUUGGUUAAGUCAACGCCAGCUGGCCCGCUCCUGCUUGGAUUUGAAUACAAUUAAUCAGAGUCCUGGGUGGGCCCAGACCCAAGUUGCAAACACCAUCAUAGUUUGUAAAUUAAAUCACCAAGGAGGAUCUGUACAGUUACCUGAAUCGGAUAUCACUGUUCAUGUUCCCCAAGGUCACGUAGCUGUGGGAGAAUUCCAAGAGGUCUCAUUAAGGGCUUUUCUGGAUCCUCCAAAAAUGCUCAAUCAUGAUCUUUCUUGCACUGUAAGUCCUCUUUUGGAAAUCAUGUUAAGCAACCUUAAUACAAUGGAAGCUAUUUUGCUGGAGAUGAAAAUUGGAGCUGAAGUGAGAAAGGAUCCUUUCAGCCAAGUCAUGACAAAAAUGGUGUGUUUAUACAGCCUGGAAAAAGAAGGCCCUUUCAGAGUGUUAAACACCUGCUAUAUUUAUAAUGACACCAUCCAAGUGAAGCUAAUGGACUUCAGUCAGGUGAUGUAUCUAGUGAUUGCUGCACAAGCUAAAGCUAUUCAGUCACCAGCUGCCACCAUUUGGGAUUAUAUCCACAAAACUACCUCAAUUGGAAUUUAUGGACCCAAAUAUAUCCACCCCAGUUUCACUGCUGUUUUCACUGUCUGUGGACACAGCUAUAUGCCAGGAAAACUUAUAGUCUCUGAUAUUAAGAAGGGUGGAAAAAACAUAUCUCCCGUUGUAUUUCAGCUCUGGGGAAAACAUUCAUUUUUACUUGACAAGCCACAAGAUUUAAGCAUUUCAGUCUUUUCAUGUGAUCCAGAUUUUGAAGUAAAGGUAGAAGGAGAAGGGAAAGAAAUUAAACAAAAUCAGUUGGAAGCAGGUGAAGUAGUUCAUCAUCCAUUUUUAUUUUCUUUGGUUGACCACAAAGAAAUGCACUUGUUUGUUUUCCGUGUUCAGGUGGAUACUCCUGACAGUAGACCAGUUGCAUGGUUCUUUAUCACUUCACCUGAUCCAGCUCCAAAUUUAAAAAGGCUCUCAAAUCUCCCAGGUUAUUUGAAGAAGGAGAAAGAAGUCAAAUCUGCUCCUUUAUUGCCAACACUGCCUGUUAAGUAUCCCACAUUCCAAGAUAAAAAAUUGAACUUUACCAACUAUGGGGUGAGCCUGAAGACAGUGCUAAGACAAAUCAAGAUUGACUACUUACUUGAAUAUUUCAAAGGGGACACAAUAGGCCUUCUUGGAGAAGGUAAGGUAAAAGCCAUUGGGCAGUCCAAAGUGAAAGAAUGGUAUGUAGGAGUUCUCAGAGGUAAGAUUGGACUUGUGCACUGCAAAAACGUCAAGGUGAUUUCAAAAGAACAAUUAAUGUCUAGGUCUGACAAUAUCUUUACAACCAGAAAUCUUCUUGAACAAAUUGUGCUGCCCUUUAAAAAACUGACUUAUAUAUACUCAGUUGUAUUGACCUUGGUGUCAGAAAAAGUGUAUGAUUGGAAAGUUUUAGCUGAUGUCCUGGGUUACUCACAUCUGUCACUGGAAGAUUUUGAUCGAAUACAAGUGAACAAAGAAUCAGAAAGGGUUUCUUAUAUUGUAAAGAAGUUAAAGGAAGAUUGCCAUGCUGAUAGAAAUACAAGGAAGUUUCUUUAUGAACUUAUUGUGGCUCUGCUGAAGAUGGAUUGCCAAGGGUUAGUAGCACAUCUUAUCCAAGAGGCUGUUAUUUUGACUUCAGCUGUCAAGGUUGGCAAUGGGUGGAGGGAACUUGCUGAAAAGUUAGUACGGCUCACAAAGCAACAGAUGGAAGCAUAUGAAAUUCCUCACCGAGGAAAAACUGGAGACGUUGCUGUUGAGAUGAUGUGGAAACCUGCCUAUGAUUUUCUCUAUACUUGGAGUGCUCACUAUGGAGAUAGCUACAGAGAUGUGUUACAAGACCUUCAAUCAGCUUUGGACAAAAUGAAGAAUCCAGUGACCAAACAGUGGAGAGAUUUAACUGGAACUUUACUACUAGUAAACUCUUUGGAGGUUUUGAGAGUGACCUCAUUCUCUAUUUCUGAGGAAGCAUAAAAAUGUAGAGUGUUUAUUGGGGGCAGGGAGAAUGGUAGAAAUGAGAGAGAGGGAGGGAGGGAGGGAGGGAGAGAGGGAGAGAGAGAGUGGAUAAUAUAGAAAAGUAUUAUUUUCUUAAUGUUUAAAAACUUUUUAACAAGUGAAAGCAAAGCUUAGCCUUAUAUUCCAAAUUGGACUUUAUAAUCAAACAUUUUGUGUGUGUGUAAAUUUAAAAGGCAAACACUUUGUUGAGAAAAAGAAAGUCCUUCUCUCUCUUUGAAAACUACUUUCAGUUUUCUUAAGUUAAAAUAAAUGAUGUUAGAGUAAUUUCAUCAUACAGAUAACUGGGUAAAGUAUGGGCUGCAUAAAAUGGAGUUUUACCAGGAGAGGAGGGGCAGACACUGUGAGACCACUCAGGGCUACACACUUUCUGUAACUGAUUUCUUAUUCCUCAGUGGUGAUUGUCAGCAUUAUUCCCCUGUCACAUGUGAAAAAACCAGUUAAUGAAGAGGACACCCAAAGCCAAUGUAAAGUAGGUUUUCUGCUUGAAAAACCUGCUUCUAUUUUUAAAAAAAAUUUACACAAGUCAGAAUAGUAAAAAAAAAAAACAGAGAUAAAAUGAGUAUCUACAGCCUAUCCUACACUGGUAGCUAUUACAUUUUAAUUAAAGUUUGCUCUUCUUUUUCACCAUCUCUGGAGAAACUGCCAGAAGGAAAAUGAGGUUUAUCAUCAGGAACUGUUGUCUGAAUGUAUGGACCUAAUGUUUUCAUCAGCUUCCUUCAGCAUCCUGAGAUCUCUAUCUAACUCUGCUCAACUCAGACUUUUCCUGCAGGAUCAUAAUGCAAAGUAGUCUUUAGCUCUCAGAGACUUUUAAAAACAUAGGUUAUUAAAAACAACCACCACCAAAACAAUGCCCCAAUUUAUGCCUGUUCUGGAUAGCAGUUUUAACCACUAAAAAUACUGUUACCUUUGUGUGUGUGUUUACAUAUACAUACUGGAGAGUGUUACUAAGCUCUUGGAAAACAAAGCUAAACAACAACUUGAGCCACUAUAAAUGCUACUGGAUCACAGAGUUCACAGAAAGAUGAUCUGUGUUUACUCACAUGUUCUGUCUUCUGGAGGUGUGCUAGUGUUGGUGUGGUCUGACUGCCUUUCAUCUAUUAUUACUCAGUUCACAGAGAAUAUGUACCUAUUUUGUGGUAGGCAUAUAGAUGCUUGAGGUUGAUAAUGGGGAAGAAAUUAUGAUCCCUGACUUCAGUACUGCUACAUGAUAGAAACAAGAAAAAAUGACUUCAUUAAAUGUCAAGUGGCAUCUGUAAUGAUAGCUGCAACAGAGAGGCUAUGAUGCUAAGAGAUAUAGGGUAUAUACAGGUGUCAUCGCCAUCCUCUGAAUGGGAGGGAGGUAAGUUUACCCUGUGAAGAAAAUUAAGAUCCUGAAGGGAAAUCAGCAACUGAUGUUAAAGGGUGCUGGAACUCACUGAAGCCUUCUGGCAGGAGAGAGCUGACCAGUGCAGGGAGCCAGGGUGAAGGAGUGAAGGGAUGAGGGUGAAGAGGUAAAGGGCCCUGGAGGUGGGGAUGGAGGAGGGAAAGGACACAUAAGAGGCACUAAGACCUCUAGGAUUUAGGAAAAAAUGGCUGAUCCCCAAAGGUAAUGUGGAUGAGCUGAAUAAGGAUUUUGUUUCAGCAUCCUGAAUAAAACAUGUCCAUUUGGCUAAAAAAGUAAAAGCAGAAUGUCCUUAUAGUUUUUAAUACACCCACCCUGGGGUUUUUGGUAUGCUAGCAAAGGUAAUUUGCCUUAAAGUAUAAGCACAAUCUUUAAGGAUUUCAAUAUGUAUAUUUGAUGAUAGGAGGACAGGUCCUGACCACGGAGUUAUGUACAUACAUUCAAGGAUGAAAUUUAUUUUAAUUGAAAAUAAAUUCAGGGAGAAGGAAAAUAAAAGAAAACAAUUUGUAAGUUCAGGGCAUACUCAUUCGUAGAGGUGAAUUUGUUUCUUUAGAACAUUCUUAGAAUCUUUUAACGUGCCAGCAAAUGGGACAAUUUUGGGAAGGCAUAGUAAGAAGGUAAUAACUGGGUUUUCCCAGACUUCAAAAUUGGAGAAGAUCUUGUUAGCUGAUUAAUGUAAUAAAGUUAAGUAAAUCAUUUCAGGCUUAUACCUCAUUGUGUUUUGAGCUUGUGGUUGGGAAUUUUAAGAAGAGUUUAAAAAAAUGAAAAACAUGAUCUCUGUAAUUUAAGGAUGAAAUAAUGGUUUACAUAUUCAUAUACACAAAGAUAUUUUAUAAUCUUAAAACAAAUCCUUCCAGGGGAAUUUUAAACCCAUGUCCAAACAUUCUGGUCUUAUAAAUUUAUUCUAAUACUUUUUAUGUUGUUUCUACUUUUCUGAAUCUUAUAUUUUUUUACUGUAAUGGAUUUUCAUAAUCAGAAAAGAUUUACUUAGUAAUCGUGAGUUGCCUGUAUUUGGCAGAAAGUCAGUGGAAUUAAUAAGGCACCUUCAGCCUAUCCAUGACAUCAUUAAAAGUAUCAAAAGCUAUUAAUCAAAAACUUUUUUAAGCAUUUCAAAAGUGAGAAAAGCUUGGAAAGUUCUUUCAUAUCCUCAAGCUUUUCAUGUAGUAAUACAUGAAUUAGGAUGAGAUUUUAGUUCAGUCCCUAGCUUGCAAUGUUACCAUUUUUCUCUACAAGCCACAGGUCCAUUAUGUCCUUAGGUGAAAGUCUUCAUAUAAAAUCAUAAGAUUCAUCCAGCUCUGUGUCACUUACAGUUCCUACCAAUAAUGGAUACAGCACACUUUCAUGUCCUGUAUUGCAGAAAUACUUAUAUAAACUUUGAACAUGGAGAUAAUUAAGUAGCUGGAAGAAACGAAAUGCUAAAUCAAUGGAUAGAGUUGGGGCAAAAAAUGUUAUUGCUAGUAAACAACUUUGAAAAUGUGAUAUGAACAUACAAUAGAGAGAAAUAUAUUUAAAAUUAUAUAAUGCCAUAAAUGGAACCUUUUAAACUUACAUUUCCAUAUGGUGCUACUUUAAAUGAUAUUUUUUGGUCAUGUUUUAAUGCCUAAGGAAUAUUUGAAAUAAUAUAAAAGGAAAAUGAUGAAAAAUUACAUCACUGGAGGCUUUUCUAAUUAAAAUAGAUUUUUUCUAUGAUAUCUACAUAAUUUUCUCCUCUCAUUUUCUAUUAUGUUUUUUCCUAUAUAGCAUAGUGAUAGCGAAGUAUAAUAGAAUCCAAAGAUUAAAUGUCACUAUCAUACUAGUUCAAAGAAUCUAAAAACAUUCUUAAGAAUAAAGUAACAUGGUUUCUUGCAUGCAUAUUUACUGGUCCAAAGCUCACAAAAGAAGUGACUGUAUAUACACAGAGAACUAAAAAUCACUUUGUAUAAUAUUUCCACUUAAAAUAAUUUUGGCAUAAGUUAAUAAGAGCCUAAAAUAAUUUUAAUUGUAAAACUAAUUAAAUAAUUAAGACAUCUGAGUAUCAUUUAAAGUGUAAAUCUAGUCAAGUAAAAGUGGUUUAACAAAAUUUGGGAUAUUUAUUCAGUAUGUUAAGAUAAUUUUGUAAAAAUAUAUGUAAUAGUGUACCUUCAUAAAUUAACCUUGAUUAAAGCCUUAUUUUUACUGACAUGUCAUUUGUUAAACUUGAAUUUAUUUUUCCUCAUUGAAACAAUAUUUUAGCCAAUGUGAUAAAUGUAAGUAUCUAUAUGGCUCUUUCAUUUUGGAAUUAUAAAAUGAUUACAAAUUA